AUGUGGUUGGGAAGUGUGUAUGGUGAGAUGAAAGAGGUGAUAGUUGAAGAUAUUGCAGUGUAUGGAGUGGACGGUCCCAUCAUGCUGUCUGAGGAGCAGGUGAAGAGGCCCUACCAGCAACGAAUACCUCACAAACCGGUGUCACGAUGGAGCUCAGACGACGUAGUGAACUUCCUGAUAGACACUCACAGGCAGAACGACUACAACUUCAGCGUCAUGAACGGAAUAGACGGGCCGCAGCUGGUGAGACAGACGAGGGAGUUCUUCAUCAGCUUCUCGGCGGAAUAUGGCGAGGAUCUUUACAAUGAGGUGCAGAGGAGGGUACUGCAGGAGAGAGCCACAAGCAACACCAGCACACACUACCCUGCCUCUCUAUCUAGCACCACCACCACCACCACCUCACCCUCGGUCCUUCAACGGCCCUUCUUCCUAACCGCCUCACCACACAGCUUGCACCACCUCACGCCACAGCCCUCAGUGAUCUGUGAUGCCCAGGCGCGGUACGAGCUCGUCAUAGAACCGCCGGCUGAGUCCGCAAGGUUCCCGAGAGAUCAAGGGAGUCACAGCAUUUAUAAUCGUACCCCCACAGCUGCUCUCAAGUCUGCGCCGCCUCCCCUCGUAGCUCUGGACAGGAGGGAAGAGAGGCAGGAGGGGGUAAGGGAGAGGGAGGCUGGUAGAAGUGGUGCCAGUGGUGGUGAACAGAGCCAGGUGAUAAAGGAGGAGGUGGUGGUGGAGCCGCCCAAGAAACGAGGACCUGGUCGACCCAAAAAGCCUGAAAGUGAGCUAAAGAAGAAGAAGAAGAAGACAGGCCGACUUUGGGAGUUUAUCCGUAAUCUAUUACUGAACCCUGACACUUGCCCCUUCCUGGUCAAGUGGGAGAACCCGGAGGAGGGCCUGUUUCGCUUCAUUGACGGGGAGAAGGUGGCCAAGCGGUGGGGAGAGAGGAAGGGCAACACUGAGAUGAACUAUGAGAAGCUGAGUCGUGCUAUGAGGUACUAUUACAAGACGCACAUCUUUGAGGCCGUCAUUGGGAGAAGACUCGUGUACAAAUUUGGGAAGAAGGCAAGCGGGUGGCGGACGUCCAACCCAAACUUUGUCAAUCCCCCGGAGAACCCCAGCCUGCAGGAGCCCCCGCCAGCACCUCCCCAACCCCAACCCCCACCACCACCACCUCACCACCGCCACCACUACAAUGAACAGCUACGCACAGAUAUAAAACCCGAGACAAGCCAGGGAGAUUUGGUCCUGUCACCACCACACCACCACCUGCACCUCCAUCACUACACCGACGCUCAGUUACUUAUGCCAGACAUGAAGGCGAAAAUCAAUUCAGUGGAUAUGAUGUCAUCACCACCAGUACCACCACCAGCACAUCACUUUAAAGAGGAGUACCUGUCAUCACCACAUACCCAGGACACCAAGUCACAUCACCACCAACCCCUUAGGCCUCACGCUGCACCACACGCCACACCUCCACCACCACACAUAGCACCACUCUGGUUAAACUAAAACUGUUCUGUGAUUUUUCGGUGCCUUAGAAUAAAAAUUUGUCCAUAUAUUUUUGCGACCCGAAGGAAAAUGGACCUGCAAGAGAGAAGGAGAGGUCAGGUGGAUAAUGCGUGACCUUGAAUGGUGUAAGACGCCCUUGUAACUCUCACUGUAGGGUCGUAACUGCUCAACAAAGUGCCUUACUGUGUCUUGUCCUGCCUGGGAACAAUGUGCAACUCAAAUGACAAAAUCUACAAAGUACAAGAGAGAAAGACAAGUUAGUCAGCAGUAGAAGACUUUAGGUUGCCGGAACAAGAGGAGGAGGCAACACAAAAACCAGAAUACAAAGUGAAACAGCAACACAACAACACAAGAAGUGGAGGAAAAACAAAUUAGCCACCAACAGAACACUUCACUUUACCAGUACAAGAAGAAGAGGCAAGAUGAACAGUAGGAGAAACACUCAUUUGCAAACACAAGACAAAAACAGCAACACAGACAGCACCACAGGAGGCUGGGGUGCUGGCCGACAGUGCUAGAGGCAACCAAGAGCAUGGGAAGUGUCUUGCAUCACCAGGGUAGAAGUGCUCAGGCGGUGUGACUGUGGCUGUGAAAAUAAACUGCAUAAACCCAUGCCUUGUGAGGGCACUUGGCGACCAGCAGACGUACUACCUCCCCCAUUCCCCUUACAUCCUCCCACUGCCAAAACAGAGACAGCCGUGGUGCAUGCUGGGAGAACGAAGCAAGAAAUUCAGCCAGCAUUUUGUGUCAACUCGUACCUCCUCUGCUUGAACCUCAGGAAAACUGUAGAUAGAUGUAUAGUGUUGUCAUUUUCAGUGCCCGGCUCUUGUGCUUUGCUAACUGUACCUGUAACACUGACUGACUGCUGCAGGCUGAGCGGUUGUAUCCUGGUGACUGUGUGGCAAGCUUCUCCUCGGCCUGAGUGAGCGUAGGUGACUGUACAAAGGGAAAACAAAGCUGUACCCAAUGAGAGCUGUGAAAUAUUGGAUUUACUUAAUGUCUGGGCAAUGCUGGGUGGUUUUUGAAAUUGCUCUCUCUCUCUCUCUCUCUCUCUCUCUCUCUCUCUCUCUCUCUCUCUCUCUCUCUCUCUCUCUCUCUCUCUCUCUCUCUCUCUCUCUCUCUCUCUCUCUCUCUCUCUCUCUCUCUCUCCCUCUCUCUCUCUCUCUCUCUUAACUCAUGCAUUCCUAUCUUUUUCUCUUCUUUUCUCCUCAUAAUAGCAAUAAUAAUAAUAAUGGUAAAUGUAAUGUUAAAAUUAAUUCAGUCAGUCAGUCAGUCAGUGAAGCUUCUCUCUGUCAAGUUAAUACAGUGUUACUACUUCUUACGCUUUGUUCAAUUUUUCUUAUGUAUUUUCUGCCAGUAUAGUUUAUAAGAUGCAGUAUGGUGCCUUAUUGUAUGUAUAGUGUGUGUGUGUGUGUGUGUGUGUGUGUGUGUGUGUGUGUGUGUGUGUGUGAGAGAGAGAGAGAAGGAUACAGUUCAAUUGAUAUUGAUAACAGAAAUCACUGAAUGCAAAUAGAGAUGUUUCUGUGAUAUGAGAAAAAAAUGUGAAGGAAAUAGGCAAAAUAGAAAAGAACUUGUGAUUCUGUAGCAAGAUGAUGAAAAUGGUCACUUUAUCUGGCUGGCAAUCCCACGUGGGGCAGCCCAGACACACACACACACACACACACACACACACACACCACACACACACACACACACACACACACACACACACACACACACACACACACACACACACAACACCAAGGCACAUACACAGAUUAAUCACUUAUAAAGCCAAACUCAUGCACAAUUUUGUAUAAUACUCAAAUAUACUUCGAGUCUCCAUUUGGUGCCAUUUUUUAUAUACGGAAAAUUGUACGUGAGAGAAAGAUUUAGUGUUGCAUUGUGUUGUGUGUGCAAGCCAAGCAAUUUGAGUGUGUUGCGAGUUAACACGCAUGCUAUACAAUGGCAAGAUUAGGUUAGUAUAGGGUGAAGAUAGUGCUGUAGGAGAGACUUGUAGUGUUGUAGAAGAGUGUAUUGGUACUAUAUUGUGUUGCAGGAGAGAAUGUGUUGUAAUGUUGCAGGAGAGAGAGGAGAGAGAUAUGCUGCAGUUAUGUUGUAAGAGUGUUAUAGGAAAUGGAUUGUGUUGUAGCAAUGUUUUAGAAGAGAGAGAUAUAUAUAUUGUUAUAAUACUAGAUAGAACACUGUGUUGAAAUAGUGUUGCAAGAUAUGGUGUGGUAAUGCAGGAGGGAAAACUACAGAGAUUACACUGAAAACAAAUGUGUAUGUAUGAAUGUCUCUAUAUAUAUGUAUGAGUGUGUGUUUGUGUGUUUGUGUGUUUAAGGUGCUAACACUCCACUGUCUUUGCUCACUUGCUCACCCACCCUAUAUAUCAUUACUCACCCCCCUCCCCCCCUGUUCUCCAUACACCCCCCCCCCCAACUAGUCAGGGUGAAGUAACCCAUCUUAUCCUUAACUCCACUGUACAAAAAAAGACACCUGGUGAAUCUUAAGAACACGAACCUUACAAGUUUUAAAUGCUGUCCUCUCGUCAGGGCUUCCCACAGGCUGCGGCAGUGAUUAUCGGGGUUUUUUAUGGGUGUUCUUUGGUUUUUUGGUGUUUUUUUCUCUGUUGAGUGUAUAGAAUGAUUGUUAAGUUAGUGCUAGAGUCAUGGUGGCAGUCUUGAAAGCUCCAGUAACUUACAACUAGUCCGUUAAUUGUGGGUGAUGUUAAGUUUGUAAAAUAUUUGUGAGACCCCCACAGUAACUUCCACAAGGGCCUGUUAAAUCUUCCAAAUGCUUCUCUAAAAUCCAGUAACUUCCACUACAGUCAGUUAAAUGUGAUGGAUGCUUGUUAAACAUCCUAUAACUUCUAGAGUCUGUUAAGCUUGUAAAAUAUUUGUGAGACCCAUAACAACUUCCACAAGGAUCUGUUAAAUCUUCCAAAAGCUUCUCUAAACUCCAGUAACUUCCACUACAGUCAGUUGAACAUGGUAGAUGCUUGUUAAACCUCCAUUAGCUUCCACUAGUCUUAAAUGUGCAGAAUGUUUGUUAAGCCUCCAGCAGCUCCCACUAAGGCCAUGACGCACCAUAUGACUGCCGUGUUGUCAUGUCUUCCCUUUCCUAAAUCAGUCAAUCCACUACAGCCCGUUAAAUGUGUGAAAUGUUUGUUAAAAUUCCUCAAACUUCUACUAGUCUGUUAGAUGUGGGGGAUACUUGUUAGACUUCCAGUAACUUCCACUUGAGUCUGUUAAAUGUUCAGAAUACUUGUUAAGCUUCCAAUGACUUCCAUCACAUUCUUGUUAAACCAUUAGUAGAAUCAUAAAAACACUUGAAAAUCACAGUAACUUCCAAUACAGCUGAAAAACUACAAUAAACUCCAAUACAGCUGAAAACUACAAUAACCUCCAAUACAGCUGAAAACCACAAUAACACAAUACAGCUGAAAACUACAGUAACUUUCCAUACAGUUUGUUGAAAGAAUGCUUAACAAACAUUCUUGGAGACCCUAACAAUCUCCACUUAAGCUUGAUAAAUGUACAGAAUGCUUGAUAAACUAUUACUAGUUGUAAAAAAAACCCUUGAAGAUUCGAAUCACUUCCACCACAGCCUGCUGAAAAGCCAAGACGAGACAUUGAGAUGCUAGGAAAUGCUAUUCACUCAUUUAUUCCAUUUCUGCUCUUUACCAGUGCAAGAUGUUGAUAGAAAGACUAUGAUAAGCCUUUCCAGUGGUUAAUGAAAAAAUAAUGGUUUUGUGUCAUAAUUCUUAAGAUUUUCCAGAUAAAUUAUUGAAAUGUUAUAUUGUUGUGUGUGUGUGUGUGUGUGUGUGUGUGUGCGUGUGACAGACGAAGGAAAUUUUAUCCGUAUUUUGCAUGUGUGUAUGUAUAUCUGUGUGUGUGUGUGUGUGUGUAUGUGUGUUCAUAUAGGUUAAGAAAUACACAAACUGGCAUAUGCUGUAAGAAAUAAAUAAUAAUAAUAAAUAAAAAGAUAAAAAAUCAAACAAAAUCUUUACGGAGUCAGAAAACUGUGAAAAAUAAUGAAAUCUCAACACACACACACACACACACACACACACACACACACAAAGAGCCAGUGCAAGGCAUCAUGUUAAUACAAUAACCUUCAUAUACAUAAGUGUUUAUACUUGAUACAUUUAUAAGAUUUUUUUUUGUACAUAGCAGCGGUUAUUAAUAAAAAAAACUUGUUUAUUUGCACUGUUGUAUUGUGUUACUGGUGUACCUCACUGUAGCAUAACCCUGGUGUUGUGUUGUGUAUGGCUGUAGGGUGUAAGAGUGUUGUGUCUGGGUGUAGAAGUUGUAUUUGGAUGUAGAGUUGUGUAGAGGGUAGUGUUGCAUGCUAGGAUAUGAAACACUGAGAAUUCUAGCUUGCAUUAGGGAGGUGGACAGAAUAGGGGUGAAAGUAGAAAGUCUUGUGGUGUGAGGGUGCAGGAGAAGGGGAGGCAUGCAGUUAGCAAUGUCAGAAGAGCAGUUAGCAUGAAAGUAAUGGUAAAAUAUAGCAAGAAAUGUAACACUGGCAGAGAGAAAGAGAGAGGACUUAACACAAAACACUUUUGAUGCCUUUCUAUUUGUAUCAUUAAGUAACACAAUAACAAACUCAAUUCACAGAAGAUAGAGAAAUAGAUAGAAGACAUAACUAAAAAUUAAUAUCAACAAAUCACAGGGUCACACAUUAAGACAAAAUGUAUGCCUUGUACAAGAUUUAUUAUUCAGAAAACAUUAUUGGAGCAGAGCACAGGUACAAGUCUUCAGAAACCAUCCCCACUGGUGUCUGAAAUUGAUGACUGACAGACAGACAAAGGAAACUAAAUAAUAUAAUUGCUCUUGUAUUUAAACGACCACAAAUAAGGAACAAAAAAAUAAAUUAAUUGAAUUCGUUUAGAAAAUUUAUAGACUGACUGACUAUAAAUAAUAAUAAUAACUGGUAAAUAGUCAAGUCUUUUUAAUAAUGAAGAAAAAAAGAAACAAUGAAAAUACAAAUAUACAAAAACUAUUCAUUAUAAAAAAAAAAUUAUAUACUUAAACAUACAUAUGCCCAGGUGUGUGUGUGUGUGUGUGUGUGUGUGUGUGUGUGUGUGUGUGUGUGUGUGUGUGUGUGUGUGUGUGUGUGUGUGUGUGUGUGUGUGUGUGUGUGUGUGUGUGUGUGUGUGUGUGUGUGUGUGUGUGUGUGUGUGUGU